AUGACCACCCAAAGCGCCAUUGUCGUCCAAGAACCUGGUCGCGCAACGCUGGUAGAUGUCCCACUCCCUAGGCUGCCGGAUAAUUACAUUCUCGUCAAAACAAAAGCCGUCGCUUUGAAUCCAACGGACUGGCGUCAUAUUGAUUUUGUACCCUGUACCGGGGCCACGGUGGGCUGUGACUAUUCCGGAAUAGUAGAAGCCGUGGGGCCGCUCGUCAAAAAGCCUUUCAAAAAGGGCGAUCGAGUUGCUGGCUUUGUACACGGUAGCAAUGCCGUUCGCCACAAUGGCGGCGCAUUUGCUCAGUAUAUUAUUGCGAAGGGCGAUCUCCAAAUGUUGAUACCUGAGUCCAUGAGCUUUGAGGCAGCAGCUACCUUUGGUGUGGGUUUGACAACUGUUGGUCAAAAUCUUUAUCAGAGCAUGGAAUUGCCUUUCCCCGGGAAUCAGUCGAGCGAGUCAGACGACACAAAUAUCCUAAUCUAUGGAGGGGCAACUGCUACCGGUACACUCGCGAUCCAAUUGGCAAAACUAUCGGGACUGCGAGUUGUCACAACAUGCUCUGAAGCCAAUCGCAGCUUCAUGUUUGAGCUUGGGGCAGACGCAGUUUUUGAUUACCACGAUCCACUGGUGGGAGAGCAGAUCCGAGAGGAUACUGAUGAUGCCCUGGAAUUCGUUUUUGAUACAAUCUCGACGCCCCAAUCUGCUGCCAUCUGCAGCGCUGCCAUUUCGUCGGCGGGCGGUUCCUAUAACGCCCUGCUAGAUGUUUCAUCCGCGAGAGAAGACGUUGACUCGCAUGUCUCAAUGGCGUACGACAUCCUGGGGGAAGCCUAUCGCAUGGGAACGACCGAGAUAUCCCCUGAUAGUGCUAACCUUGAAUUCGGCAUCAAAUGGUGGGAUACAGCGCAGAACCUACUCGAGGGCCGCCGCAUUCAACCCCAUCCAUAUCAGAUUAAGUCAGGCAGCUUGGCCGGUGCGUUGGCUGGUAUUCAGAUAUUACGGGAAGGUAAAGUCCGAGCCUCUAAGCUAGUCUAUCGGAUUGAUGAAUCCGAAUAA